UAAAAUAUGUCUUUAACCAACACAAAGACGGGUUUUUCUGUAAAGGACAUCUUAGACCUUCCUGAUACCAAUGAUGAAGAGGGUUCCAUUGAAGAGGGAGGUGAUGAAGAAACAGAGGGAUCAGAACCCCCCAAAAAAUCUGUGGUUUUGGGUCAGAACGCUCUAGAAACUGUACAAACACUUCCAUUGAAAAACCCUUUUUAUGACAACAGUGAUAAUCCUUAUACAAGGUGGUUAGCUACUACUGAGAGCAUCCAAUACUCAUUACACGGAUUUGCAUCCAGCAAUUCCCAACAGGACUCACCGCCCAAAUCUCCAGAACCGUCUGCUGAUGAGUCCCCAGACAAUGACAAGGAAAGUCCAAGCAAUGCAGACUCCGGCAAAAAAAGGAAAAGGAGGGUUCUGUUUUCUAAGGCUCAGACUUAUGAGUUGGAAAGGCGAUUUAGGCAACAGAGAUACCUGUCUGCACCUGAGAGAGAACACCUAGCCAGCCUCAUCAGACUCACACCCACCCAGGUGAAGAUCUGGUUCCAGAACCACAGGUAUAAGAUGAAGAGGGCCAGAGCUGAAAAAGGUAUGGAAGUGACUCCUCUACCUUCCCCUAGAAGAGUGGCAGUGCCAGUCCUAGUCAGGGAUGGCAAACCAUGCCACACUCUCAAAGCCCAGGACUUAGCAGCCUCAUUCCCUGCUGGCAUCCCAUUCUCAGCAUAUAGUGCCCAGUCACUACAGCAUAUGCAAUAUAAUGCCCAGUACAGUUCUGCCACUGCCCCCCAAUACCCAACAGCGCAUCACUUGGUGCAAGCCCAGCAAUGGACUUGGUGA